AUGUCAAAUCUGUUCAACCAGCCAUGGACAUCCUCGGAGCAGAUUGCAUUGUUGACCAAUAUUAUUCAAAGCGCUGGGCAGGAUGUGCCACAAUUUCUGCUGCGCGCGAUCGAGGGCGGCAAUAUACAACCCAGGUGGGAGGAAAUGGCUUUGCCUGCAGGGCGCACUCUUAAUGCCUGUCGGGCAAUGUACGACCACCUACGGCGCUCACCUCGCCCAUUUUCUGGGUCUGGGCUCUACCAUCAGCCAAUAGCACCAUACCCAGCAGAUGUAAGAGGAGUCCCUGAAGCUGACUUGCCUCCGCCAACACAACGGCCCAUUCAGCCUCGACCUCCUCGCUCGACAGACUCGCCAGUUCCUCCGACGUCAAACGGCGAGCAGUUCAGGAUCUUGCGUGCGUUUGGGCCACCUGAACCACUCGGAGAGAGGCGUAGAAAGCGCGGCCGUCCCACCAAGGAGGAGGCAGAAGAGCGCGACCGCCGACUUGCUGAGUCGGGGCAGACUUACGAGCCGAAGAAAAGGCCUACAAAGAAAUCGAGGCCCUCUGGUACGCCUAGUUCGCUAUCUGAACUGGCUCCUACGACUUCGCCUGUCAUGUCAACGCCGCUUCAGCAGCACGUCGAAGCGAAGGAUGAGACGUCCAGCGGCAAGAGGAGGGCGAAGCGCCGGGGUGACGAGGGAGAACCCUCUCAGCAACAGAUACCGAGAUCUCCCCUGGAUGAUUCGGGCGAUGGACGCAGUACGGACGCAGCUCAAAGUCCUUCCGACCGGCUGUUAGCCAGGCCGGAGCGCUCUCAGGCGGUCGCUUCUCUUUCCCGAGAUGUGCAGCAUGUUCAGAGCCCGUCUCUGGAAUUACAAGCUGGGCCCAGGCAG